AUGCAGAUCCGGCGAAACAAGGGCCGGUGGACCCACGAGGAGCACGCGGAGUUUCUCCGAGGCGUGGAGUUGUUCAAGCGCAGCGACUUGGAGGCCGUCGCGUCCAUGCUGCCCACCCGCACCAUUCUGCAGGUCAGGACCCACGCCCAGAAGUACUUCGACAAGGUCGACAAGGGCGAGCCGUUCCCCAACGAGCCCUACCCCAGCCAGUAUGAUCGUGCGGCGGGAAGAGCUGGGGUCGCCGCGGGCGCCUAUAUGUACAGCGCACCGAAGCACGAGCCGCAACAGAAGCAAGACCUACACCAUCUCCGCCGCCACCAGUUACGAGAGCAGCAGCACGCGGCGGGUUCUGCCGAAGCGUCGGGGUCACGACGGCCGCUCCUGGUAUCGCACAGCGAGGAGCAACAGCGAACGGCGGCGGCAGCAACGCCUGCGGGACCCCCGAAAGGCGGCGGCACGGGGGGAAAGUCCAUGUGGCUGCCUCACGCUGCUUGUACUCAGGCGUACGGUGACACGAGCGACGCCAACAACGUAGUAGCCGGUGGUAGAAGCGGCGGUGGCGUCCGCGUAAGCGGCGGCUCGUCGGGCCAGUCAUUGUUUCCCAACUGGAGUAACUCCGCUGGUGCAGCAGCUUGUGCUCCUGGUUGGUUCAGCGACAACAACGGUGACCCCAGCGGUGCAGCGCCGAUGCCGAUGCCGACGCCGAUGCCGGUGGCGCCUGACCUAAACCACGGCGGGGGUUUCGACGGCGGUAACUUCAAGCUCAACAGCAUGGCCUUCUGUCCGUCUGCGCGCUUCCUGGACGAGUUGCAAGGCAGCGGUGGGGACCCUGGGAAAGGCUUCGCGUAUGAUGAAAGCUUUCAGCAGCCUCAGGAGCAGGAGGAGAACUUCCCAGUCGGCGCAUUGGUGGACAUGCCGUUGGACAUGCUUUUGCUGUACGGCGAUUCCGGUGAUGGCGGCAGCGUCGCCGACGGCGACGGGGGCUGCGUGAACAUCGAUCUCGAGUUUGAUACGGUCAACGGCUUCGGCUUGCUGUAAGUUUCGUGGCAUCACUUCCUGGAUGGAUGGGGAUAUAUCCCAUGAAAUCGGAACUUACAGUCCCAGCCACGGUGAACGGUAUUGGUGCUUGUUAGACAGUAUUGAUGCUUGGUAAGACAAGAAUUGGUGCUUGUUGAGACAGUAUGGGUGCUUGGUAAGACAGUAUUGGUGCUUGAAAGACAGUAUUGGUGCUUGGUAAGACAGCGCAAGUUUCGGGUAAGGAACAAAUUCACAUGUGUAUUAGACGGGGGGGGGGGUCACGCUUUGUUUGUUUGUGCGACUCAAUCAUGUGGUGGAAUGCUGUGGCGUGGUUUGUUUUCGGGGACAGUGCUCUUGAUGUGGGUGUGGUGGAUGUGCAUGCCCUUUGUUCUACGGGCGAAGUGGUGGUGGUUUUUGCGCCGGUUUUUCGUGGAUUGAAGACGGCUUGGAACAACCACCACGUCGCCCGUUAAAAGAACAAACUGACUGCCCUUGUUGACGUUUUUAAUGGUGUACAUGCACACCCCCAGGAACCGUGAUGUUGUUGCCCAAAGGUUGUGUCGUACAACGUUUUUUUUCACGAUUUCACAACUCGUCGGUGUUGAUUAUAUUUUCUAUGAUCUAGUCGACUAUCCGAUAUAUUUUUCUUUUUAACUUUUUGGUGCUCGGUGAUCCUGAGGUCGUUGGUGCUGGGAUUCUUUUACUUUGGCUGAGGUUGUUUCCAUGUCACAAAAAGUUGCUAAUCUCUCCGUGUUGUUUACACCGUUUACUUGGUUUUCCUGCGUUUGUGACCGCCCCUCAGGUGGUUCUCUGGAUGAUCUGUUCUUGUGCGUGCCAUACAGUAUAUAUGUCUUUGCAUCAACCGUUUUAUUUUGGGUGUUGGACAAACAUCCUCUCAGGUUUCCAUUUGUCGUCGUGCUCAUAGUUUUCGGCGUGUAUCUUUGUUCUUUCAGCUUCUUUUCUAAACACAUCUAUCUGUCUUGCGGGAAACGCAUGCCUCUUGCCUCAGGCACUAAGCUUUGCCAACUGCGAUCCGUGGUUUUAGUGUAGUCCGAGUAGUCUGGUGAGUCGUCCGGGGAGCCCGGGGUAUUGGUGGUGGUUGUUCAUGGGAAAGAUUCGCACAACGGCGUUAAGUUGCAGCAACACCGGCGUUCGAUUGUCGAUUGAUCGUGAACAGAUCUUGGCUUAUUGCGCGUAUCAUAAGAAAAACUUGGGAUGGCCCCCCAUGUUGUUAUGACGCCGUCUGCGAGACGGAGCCCCGGUGCGUGCGUAUAUGAAGUGUCAAUUAAGGCUUUGCUAGUAAUAGUAGUGUGUUCGACCUGUUGGGCUUCAAACCGUCCAUGACGUGUUGAAUGUUGUUGGUCUCUGGGUGCGCUUGGAUACGUCAUGCCACAACCCCCCCCCACUCCCGUCGUUGAUAUAGCAGUUGCCAAUACCAAUACAAGUAGGAACUCUAGGAGGGGUAUCAGGGAGCAACGGAGUUUUGUUGCUGAGUCGUUAGACACUGGAUGAAUUGGCAGCAAACACUUUUGGCCUUUUGAUCUAGUCGAGUCUGGUUUCGUUACCCACCGCAGACAAGACCACGAGUUCUUUCUUUUUUUGCUCCAGUGGGUCGCUGUCGGGACUGUGUGAUGGUGUUUUUGUUUGUUUGGUAGGUGGUGUUUCUCUGUUUCUUUGGUGCGUUGCGUGCUCUCAUUAGCGUUUCGUUCGUUCUGGACGAAAAAAAUGUAAGUCGUAGGUGGAUGGAUUCGACGAAGGGUGGGUGUAGUUGCGGAGGUUUAUAUGUUGUUGUAGUUUGAUGGUGUGUAGUUCAUGUUUUCGUUUAUUUUGUGUAUGGUUUCACCACAUGGGGUCGGGGGUCCUUGCAGUGUUACCCGAAAGCACGAUCUCGGUUUGUUUGUUGGGUCUUUUCGACGAGACCUGUUUUGCGUGUUUUGAAGUACGCAGGCGCUUGUGUGAUACUUUUGAUUUGUUUUUUAACAACAGCUGCCACAGCAGUGGUUGGAACAAGAUAGGCAACAAACUCUGAGGGAGCGAAUAGAGUUUCUCCUCCCAGCUAUCUCGGGGGUGGGAGGCUAGAGGGGGAGAAGGCGCCGGCGAAUCCUGGCAAGAUAAGUAAAUUUAUGCACGAGGGAGGGAAGUCAUGGAGCGAUGUGUCGCCGGGUGCCAGUACGUCGAUCGGAGGUGGAAGUACUGCUGUGAGGUUUUGACCGCUGGGGCAAUGAAUGCACGGGUGCGGGCUUGAUGGGGUUCAUUGAGAGGGUGCAACGCGUGGUGGAUGGAUGAACGCUUGCCGCUGAACGCAAACCCGAAAACGUUGAGGCGUGAGGAUGCCUUGUGGCAGAGGCGCGCAUGCAUGUGGUGUGAUGGUGUUUGUGGGAGGGGUAAGGUUAAGUAAGGCAUGUACCAUGAAGUAGGCAUGGUGAAGGCUGAGAGUGUUCGCGAUGACGGGUGACCCCACGCUUCAGAGGAGUGGGGUGUGGGUCUUUAGAGCGGCGGGCAGGCAUAUCUACGUGUACCUGCAGACGAAGAAGGGCACCCAAGGCAUACAGCAUGUUGCCCGGCAUCUCAGACAAGAGGGGUCCCUUGAUGGUUAGAAGCGGUGCGGCGGGGGAUGUAGGUUGAUAGCGUAUCCAGUAAGUAGUGGGAGACGCGCCAGGUUCUGGUUAGUAAGUAAGGCUGUGCCGAACGUUCGUGUUUCACACAUAAUACGCACAUUUUUUUGUCCCCGCCCUCAGAAAACGCAGGCUGGGCAAAAGUCGACGUGUUUCUCUUGACACAUGCGUGUGUCCCCGUUCUAUGGCACAGUAGCCUCUUUUUUUGGCGCGAGAUUCGUUUCUGAUCUAUCUGUGGUUUUUUUAGGGCGAGAUUCUUGAUUGGGCACCGGUUGUCUUCUUUGUAGACUAUGCAUGUUCGAACCCGCCUCAACUCACUGACGGUGCGGCAAAAGCCAAACAGAAGUUGCGGUGUGCAGCAGGCGGUGUGGCAGAAUGUGGGACGAAUGACGUGAGAUGGCCUCUUUCGCGUGGUCGGAGAGUGAGGUGUUCUGUGGCUUGCGACGUGUUUGUUGGAGUGUUCGGCGUCUUGAUUUGCAGCGUUUCGGAGUUGGCCUGUUGGUGGUACAUCCACUGAGAAGAGGUUCCCGGCGUUCGUUGUAGGUGAGCGUGGGGGAAGUGCUGCUGCUGGUGCCUAGGACGGAGGGCAUCAUCAAACGAUAGACUUGCGUGAUUGGUUCUGUGUUUAUUGUUGCGUUUCAGUCUUGGUUGACAAUAACAAUGAAAAUACUACG